AUGGCGUCAUCUAAGUCCCAUGCGCCGACGCCGGCCGCCCCGGCCCAAGCCGCGCAAGCCGCGCCAGCGCCCAGCUCCGUCUUCCGGACGCUGCCCACGGAAGGCACGGUGGCCGUGAGCCACCAGCCUCCACACGUGGGCCUGCAGAACACGAACAACACAUGCUACAUGAACAGCUUCAUCCAGGGCCUCUACCUCACCGAUGCCUUCAUCUGGCGGCUGUUCUCCUUCAAGCUGCGUCUGAAGGACAACCCGUCGAAGGUUGAUCAGGAGGAUUUCGAGUUCGGCACCAAGCUGGUAGAUCUCCUCCAGCGCCAGGUGGCCAAAAUGUCACUGACCAGGCAUUCCAACACCGACAUCUGGGACAUCCUCCAGAGCUUCCCGGACGUGUACCGUUCUGGUGAGCAGCAGGACGUGACGGAGACCAUACGAUUCGUCUUCGAGAAGCUGGGCAGCUUCGAGCAGCCCUUGAUCCGCGAGGUCUUCGCGGGCCAGCUCCAGGAAAACCUGCAGUGCAAGGUCUGCGGGCAUAUCAAGGCCAAGCCAGAGACGUUCACCGACCUUGUGCUCUCUGUGCCCACGGAAGACGAGGUGAAGAGGUCUGGAACCAUUCCAACAACACAGGCCCUGCUGCAGGACCGCCUGAAGUUUGAAGAGCUAGACGCCGACUGCCUGGUGAACUGCGAGAGGUGCCAGGACAAGCGACAGAUGGGCAAGUGGUGCGAGAUCGUGUCCCCACCAAGCCACCUCUGCAUUUGCCUGAAUCGCUUCACCUUCAAUGUGGAGAAGAUGGACUUCACGAAGGAGAAGACGCCCGUCCGCGUCGAUGGUGGCGUCACGAUAGGUCCAUAUGAGUACGCGCUCUACCACGUCAUCAUUCACACAGGCAAAGAUGCGUCCAGCGGGCACUACUACGCGGUCGGCAGACGAUCCGAGCCUGUUGCGUCGGGAGACCAGGGCUGGUACACCAUGGACGACUCCCAGAUCAAGCCCGCCGAGCUGGGCCUGCUCCAGGGCAACCCGCCCGAAAAGCUCAAGGACGACAACCCGUACGUGCUGUUCUAUCGGUGCACCAACGCACCCGCAACGCCACCGCUGCGGAUACCGAAGAAGAUGGAGAGCUACGUCAAGAAGGAAGAUGCCAAGCGGACCGAGUGA